GGCGCAGGCGCAGAGGGCGCGAGCCUACAGACGCCAAGCUCCUAGGAGGCACGGAGUAAGGGCUGUCGCCAUCUGACCCUAACCUCGUCCGGUUGCUUCCGCUGGCCGGGUCCAGCCUCGGUGGCUAGAGCGUCGCGGGACGUUGGGCGCGCGCUGCGGACAGCCCCAAAGCCCACCGCUCGCGCCUGACGCCUCAAGCACUUGUCUCUGCAUCGAAAUGGCUGAAGUCUACAGGGUUGAAACAUCCCUCUGAUAUGCUCAGAGCUACACUUCUUCCCAGGCUGCUGUGACAACUUGGUGACUCCACCAUGUCCAGGCUCCAGAUCCAGGAGCAGGCAGUGGAUUCCGAGGGAGACUCAUCCCUAUACAGGAGAGAUGAGGAGGGGACACAGAGCUCCCACCGCAUGCUGGGCUUCAGUGAUGCAUUACUAUCCAUCAUCGCCACUGUCAUGAUCCUGCCUGUGACCCACACAGAGAUCUCACCAGAACAGCAGUUUGACAAAAGUAUACAGAAACUUCUAGCAACUAGGAUUGCUGUCUACCUCAUGACAUUUCUAAUCGUAACUGUGGCCUGGGCAGCACAUACCAGAUUGUUCCAGGUUGUUGGAAAAAUAGAUGAUACACUUGCCUUGCUCAACCUGGCCUGUAUGAUGACCAUCACCCUUCUGCCCUACACAUUUUCGCUAAUGGUAACAUUCCCUGAUGUGCCCCUGGGCAUCUUCCUGUUCUGCAUGUGUGUGAUUGCCAUUGGAUCUGUGCAGGCAAUGAUCGUGGGCUAUGCCUUCCACUUCCCACACCUGCUGAAUCCACAGAUCCAGUGCUCUACACAUAGGGCCCUGUCCCGGCGGCACAUUCUGCACCUAGUCCUCCGUGGCCCAGCACUCUGUUUUGUUGCAGCUGUCUUUUCCCUCUUCUUCUUCCCCUUGUCAUACCUGCUGAUGGUGACUGUCAUCUUCCUCCCUCACAUCAGCAAGGCUACCACCUGGUGCAAAGACAAGUUUAUGGGCCACAGGGAGUCUCCAGCUCACAAUGUAGAGCCCUUCAGUAUUGACCUGCAUGCGCCCCUCAGCAAAGAACGGGUGGAAGCUUUCAGUGACGGUGUCUAUGCCAUUGUGGCCACACUCCUCAUCCUGGACAUCUGUGAGGACAAUGUUCCGGAUCCCAAGGAUGUGCAACAGAAAUUCAGUGGCAGCCUUGUGGCUGCCCUGGGUGCAUAUGGGCCACAGUUCCUGGCAUACUUCGGCUCCUUCGCCACAGUGGGUCUGCUCUGGUUUGCCCACCACUCACUCUUCCUGCAUGUCCGGAAGGCUACACAGACCAUGGGGUUGUUCAACAUACUGUCACUGGCCUUUGUGGGGGGCCUCCCUCUGGCCUACCAGCAGACCUCGGCGUUUGCCCGGCAACCCCGUGAUGAACUUGAGCGUGUGCGUGUCAGCUGUGCCAUCAUCUUCUUUGCCAGCAUCUUCCAGUUUGCCAUCUGGACUUCAGCCCUGCUGCACCAGAGAGAAACACUGCAGCCAGCUGUGCAGUUUGGUGGGCAGGAACAUGCUUUCAUGUUUGCCAAGCUCGCACUGUACCCCUGUGCCAGCCUGCUGGCCUUUGCCGCCACCUGCCUGCUGAGUCGGUUCAGCACAGCCAUCUUCCACCUCAUGCAGAUUGCAGUGCCCUUUGCGUUCCUGUUGCUGCGGCUCCUGGUACGCCUUGCCCUGGCAGGCCUUCAGGUCCUCCGGGACCUCUGGCCAGAGCGUCCCCAACAAGACCAGGGUGAGCCCGAGACACAGUCCCAGCUCUUGCCUGCCUCCUGCUAAUGCCAAGAAAGCCACUCCUGCCUAUCGUAGGCAUACUGCAAAGGGUCCUGUGGAGAUGUCUUAGUACAAGUUUAUCGCGACACCAGGGUUGUGGAUAUAUUGGCCCGAGUAUUGUUUACACUGUGAAAUAUCAGUAUCUAUUUCAAAAGUAUGAACAUUGUUCACACUUUGCAGUGGGGAGUUUCAUGGGAACUGAAAUAUUUUUACCCAUUUACUUACCUACCUUGACCACAACAUUGCCGGGGGAAUUUACUUGUCUAACUAACCUGAACAAGCCACUUUGGGCCGUCACUGAGGUAUUGUUUGAGGCAGCAGCAUGCAGCUAGGAUCAGAGGCCCAUCCCUACUCCUUGUUCUGACCAGCAUGUGACCACACAGGCUAUCCUCCUUGGAACGUUCGAGCAGUCGAGUCUAGGCUCACUCAGGCUGAGACGCUCCUUUCUGGCUCACAUCCUCAAAAGUACAGAGCUGCCCUGGUGGGACUGCCAGUCUGUCUGCCCACUCCUCUACCAGUUGUUAGACAGAGACAAGAGGCAGCCACGGGACAGCAAAGCCCACACUAUAUUUGGCCCAGAUAUAAAUUAGAUCACAUUCAGGUAGUGAUAAAUUACAGACAAAGACAGGACCAGUUGACAGGACACACUCCACAAGGGACAGUCUCACUUAAAUACAGAGGACAUGCUACACUGACCAUAAUUUACACACAGCUCUACAGAUUGAAAUAAAAAGGAAAAACUA